UCAGUUCCUGGAAGACAAGCGCUAUGUCUCUGAGCAGUGCCUUCAAGGCUGUGGGCAAUGACCCCGGGAUCAUCACCUGGAGAAUUGAGAAAAUGGAGCUGGCGCUGGUGCCCCUGAGUGCCCAUGGCAGCUUCUACGAAGGAGACUGCUACAUCAUCCUCUCGACCCGGAAAGCAGGCAGUCUUCUCUCCCAGAACAUCCAUUUUUGGAUCGGGAAGGACUCAUCUCAGGAUGAGCAGAGCUGUGCAGCCAUCUACACCACACAGCUGGAUGACUACCUUGGAGGCAGUCCUGUGCAACAUCGAGAGGUCCAGUAUCACGAGUCAGAUACCUUCCGUGGCUACUUCAAGCAGGGCAUCAUUUAUAAAAAGGGAGGUAUAGCCUCUGGGAUGAAACACAUGGAGACCAACACCUAUGACGUGAAGCGGUUGCUGCAUGUGAAGGGGAAGAGAAACAUCAGCGCCACGGAGGUGGAAGUAAGCUGGGACAGUUUUAACCGAGGUGAUGUCUUCUUGCUGGACCUUGGGAAGGUUCUCAUCCAGUGGAAUGGCCCAGAGAGCAACAGUGGCGAGCGCCUCAAGGCUAUGCUUCUGGCAAAGGACAUUCGGGACAGGGAGCGAGGGGGCCGUGCUGAAAUAGGAGUGAUCGAGGGAGACAAGGAGGCAGCCAGCCCAGAGCUGAUGACGGUCCUUCAGGAUACCCUUGGUCGACGCUCCAUUAUCAAGCCUGCAGUCCCUGAUGAGAUCAUAGAUCAGCAGCAGAAAUCAAAUAUCAUGUUGUAUCAGGUCUCAGAUGCAGCUGGGCAGCUGGCGGUCACAGAGGUGGCAACACGGCCUCUGGUCCAGGAUCUACUGAGUCAUGAUGACUGCUACAUCCUGGAUCAAAGUGGAGCCAAGAUCUACGUGUGGAAAGGCAGAGGAGCCACAAAGGUUGAAAAACAGGCAGCCAUGUCCAAAGCACUGGACUUCAUCAAGAUGAAGGGCUACCCCAGCAGUACCAAUGUAGAGACUGUCAAUGAUGGUGCUGAGUCGGCCAUGUUCAAACAGUUGUUCCAGAAGUGGUCAGUGAAGGACCAGACCACAGGCCUGGGAAAAACUUUCAGCAUUGGUAAAAUCGCUAAAAUUUUUCAGGACAAGUUUGAUGUGACUCUGCUACACACCAAGCCAGAGGUGGCUGCCCAGGAAAGAAUGGUAGACGAUGGCAAUGGGAAAGUUGAGGUCUGGAGAAUUGAGAACCUGGAGCUGGUCCCCGUGGAACGGCAAUGGUAUGGCUUCUUCUAUGGGGGAGACUGCUAUCUGGUCCUUUACACAUACGAGGUGAACGGGAAGCCCCAGUACAUCCUGUACAUCUGGCAGGGUCGACAUGCCUCACAGGAUGAGCUGGCAGCCUCAGCCUACCAGGCUGUGGAGGUGGAUCAGCAGUUUGAUGGGGUCCCUGUGCAGGUUCGAGUGAGCAUGGGAAAGGAGCCACGCCACUUCAUGUCCAUCUUCAAGGGAAAGCUGGUUAUCUAUGAGGGUGGGACUUCCAGGAAGGGAAAUGCAGAGCCUGACCCUCCAGUAAGACUCUUCCAGAUUCAAGGAAAUAACAAAUCCAACACAAAAGCAGUGGAAGUCCCAGCCUUUGCCUCCUCCCUGAACUCUAAUGAUGUCUUUCUGCUGCAAACCCAAGCAGAGCACUACCUGUGGUAUGGCAAGGGGUCAAGUGGGGAUGAGCGAGUGAUGGCUAAGGAACUGGCUGAACUUCUCUGUGAUGGCACUGAGGAUACUGUGGCUGAGGGUCAAGAGCCAGCUGAAUUCUGGGACCUACUAGGAGGGAAAACACCCUAUGCUAAUGACAAAAGAUUACAGCAAGAAAUUCUGGAUGUCCAGUCCCGGCUUUUUGAAUGUUCCAAUAAGACUGGCCGGUUCCUUGUCACUGAGGUCACAGACUUCACUCAGGAUGACCUGAACCCAACUGAUGUGAUGCUCCUGGACACCUGGGACCAGGUGUUCUUAUGGAUAGGCGCCGAGGCCAUUGAGAAGGAGAAGGCCCUUGGGACAGCCCAGGAGUACCUGCUCACUCACCCCAGUGGCCGAGACCCGGACACACCCAUCCUGAUCAUCAAACAGGGCUUUGAGCCUCCCACCUUCACAGGCUGGUUCCUGGCCUGGGACCCUCACAUUUGGAGUGCAGGAAAAUCAUAUGAACAGUUAAAGAAAGAGCUGGGUGAUGCCACUGCAAUCGUGCAGAUCACUGCUGAUAUGAAGAAUGCAACCCUCUCCCUGAAUUCUAAUGACAGUGAGCCAAAGUAUUACCCCAUUGAAGUUCUACUGAAGAGUCAGAACCAGGAGCUGCCUGAGGAUGUGAACCCUGCCAAAAAAGAGAAUUACCUCUCUGAACAGGAUUUUGUAGCUGUGUUUGGCAUCACAAGAGGGCAAUUUACUGCUCUGCCUGGCUGGAAACAGCUGCAGCUGAAGAAAGAAAAGGGGCUGUUCUAGAGCAAGAAAGCCUCGCCUGUUGUAAGACCACAGAAGAGAGCAGAGUGCCAACACCAGAAAAGAAUUUAGCUCCCAAUACCUGACAUGCAGCCGCUGCUUAAACACAGCAGAGCUGGAAAUCCCAGCAUGUUCUUUUCCCCAUCCCUGCAUUCCUUGGCUGUUAUAUCUUAACAUGUUAACUAUUCACUUUUCAGCUUUUGUGGCC